GGGAGGGGGCAAAGAGAGGGAGAGAAAGAGAGGGAGAGACCACCCCUUUCUUUCCCUCUCCAGGCACUUGCUGGGACUGAGUGAGGGGAAGCGCUGCACCUUCCAAGGUGGACACAGAGAGAGAGAGAGACAGAGAGAGAGAUUGGGAGGCAGAGGCUGGGCUUUGGAGAGACAAAAGCCGGGCCAGGGAGAGGCUGCUGCUGUUGGCGGCGGCGCUUCAUCCCUUUCCUCCUCUUCCUCGGGGACACUUGCUGCCUGCGAAGGGGAGGCAGUGGGGAAGGGAAGGGAAGGCAAGGCAGGCGGACAAGCCCCCGCCGGGCUCUCUCUCCAUGGCCGUGUAGGCGCCGCCGGCGCUGGAUCCCCGAGGAGACGAAGCCGCGCGCCUUCCCCGGCCGCGGGCGCACCUUCUUCCGCGGGACCCCCUCCGCGAUGCGCCCUGCUGCUCCCUUCUGAUGGCCAGCCCCGCGCCCGCCAUGCUCGCCCCCCAGCACCACCACCAGCAGCAGCACCAGCAGCACCAGCAGCAGCAAGCCAACCAUGUCGUGGCCACCAUCGAGAACCUGCCGCCCGAAGGAAGCGCCGCCGCCGCCAGGAGCAACAGCCUCUCCGGCCCCCAUCCCUCCAACGUGAGCCAGAGGAUCCGGAAAGUCUUUAACAGGGAGCUCCUGCUGUCUAUAGCCCUUGGGCAGGUCCUGUCCCUCCUUAUCUGUGGUAUUAGCCUGACCAGCAAGUAUUUGUCAGAUGAUUUUCAUGCCAACACUCCAGUCUUUCAGAGCUUCCUGAACUACAUUCUCCUAUUUUUGGUCUACACCACAACAUUAGCUGUUAGACAAGGAGAAGAAAAUUUGCUGGCAAUCUUGAAACGAAGAUGGUGGAAGUACAUGAUCCUGGGGAUAAUAGAUAUAGAAGCCAAUUACCUGGUAGUUAAAGCUUAUCAAUAUACGACUUUUACUAGUGUACAGCUCCUAGAUUGUUUUGUCAUUCCUGUUGUGAUAUUACUUUCUUGGUUCUUCCUGCUGGUACGGUACAAGGCGGUACACUUCAUCGGCAUUGUGGUCUGCAUUCUGGGCAUGGGCUGUAUGGCAGGAGCCGAUGUCCUAGUUGGAAGACAACAAGGAGCAGGUGAAAAUAAACUCAUAGGUGAUCUUCUAGUGUUAGGGGGAGCUACUCUCUAUGGCAUCUCCAAUGUUUGCGAAGAGUACAUCGUACGAAACCUGAGUCGGGUGGAGUUCCUAGGCAUGAUUGGUCUGUUCGGAUCCUUUUUCAGUGGAAUUCAGCUUGCCAUAAUGGAACACAAGGAGUUGUUAAAGGUUCCUUGGGAUUGGCAAAUAGGUUUGCUAUACGUUGGCUUCAGCGCCUGCAUGUUUGGUCUCUAUAGCUUCAUGCCUGUGGUCAUUAAGAAAACCAGUGCUACGGCGGUCAACCUCUCCCUGCUUACAGCAGACUUGUACAGCCUUUUCUGUGGAUUUUUUCUCUUCCACUAUAAGUUUUCAGGACUUUAUCUGCUGGCAUUCUUCACGAUCCUUGUUGGGCUGGUGCUGUACUCCUCCACAUCCACGUACGUUGCCCAAGAUCCACGGGUGUACAAGCAGUUCCGAAACCCUUCUGGACCUGUUGUAGACUUACCAGCCACUGGGCAGCUAGAGCCUUCAGUCACAUACACCAGCCUAGGCCAGGAAACAGAAGAAGAACCUCACGUCCGAGUUGCCUAAGCGCAGGCCUUUGCCACCCCUUGGUGGAGUGUGUAUCUCCAUUAUCUCUGUAUCAUUCAUAGAGAAAGGUAUUUAUCGGAUGCAGUUGCUCAGGUAGGCUGCAAGGUAGCAAAUAGGGAAGGCUUGUGAAAUUACAGACUAAAUUAUUUUGAAGUGUGAACGACUAAGAGCAGUGACUCUCAGCCUUUUUGCUCUUUUAAGUGGAGUUCCUCCGCAAGUUGUCAGUGGGUUCCUUAGUGAGAAGUUCAGAAAUAGUGGGCAAGCUUGCUUGUAGAACAGCUUGCCUAUCACCAAGCUUCCCUUGGAUUAUAUGUAGUGGGCACGUUCUCAGCUACACACUCAGUUUGGUAACAGUAACACCCAACUUGUCUGGUGGAUGCCAUAUCUGAACUGAGUGUCUUCUCCAGAACAUUCCCCCAAGAAUCCUCUCCCGUGUGCUGGUGUUUCAUGGCAAAAGGUUCCUCAGCAGAUGCUGAGUUGCAAAGUAGGCAUGAUCAAGAUGGCUGCUGGCCUCUAUGAGCACAGUGUUGCACUCAGUUCUGUUCAUGAGUCUUAAAUUCCUGCCUCAUACAUCCUCUUCCCCAAAGUAAAACCUAGAGAAUGGAGAGAUGAUAGUGGAUGCUCUCAGUGACCUGUGGAAAGAGACCUUUUCCUACUGGAGAACCUGAGUCUUUGACUGCAGGGCCCAAGGAUUUUUGGAAGAAAAGAACCAAAUGGCACUCUCUCUACUCAUCAAUUCCUAUGGAAGAUCAAUACUUCUCCUUGGUGGCAAAUAAUCUCAUGGAAUAGCCAUUCCUGCCAGACUUUUAGUCAGUGCCCUAUACGCCACUGUGAAUGUUCACCAGUGCCACCACUUUGCCCCCUACUUCUUCCUCAGGAGUGGCUUUAUGCUGUUUUGUUUUGGAGAAGGGAAGGUGGCAGGAAUUGCCACUGCAAACCCUCAAGGAGUUCCAGGAGCUCAAAAGAGAUCUUGGGGGGUGAAAUGCUUGGCAAUGGCAAGCAUUUGUAACAAGAUGCCGGUCAUGCCACAAGGCAAAACUCUUUGUAAGCCUCUGAAUUCCAUAACAAACCAAAAGGAUGUUUCUGCACAUCUUGUGCCCUGGCUUUGCCAGUGGUUAUAUGAUAUUUAACAAAAGCUGCCUUUGUACAGUAGGAGGCCUUUCACACUACAUAAUUAUAGCACUGUCAUCCCACUUCAACUGCACUGGCUGCAUCCAAUGAAAUACAUGACAAUUAAAGAGUGCCACAAUCCCUAGGUCCUCACACACAGAGACACUCUCAACCAAUCAUGGUUUAUUUCAUAUAGAAAAGGGCAGGUUACUCACAAUACCUGUACCCUAGUUCCAUUUUGUUCAUUCUCCCAUCAUAGCUUCUGACUGCUCACUCAUUAAGGCAGGUUUCCCCAACCUCUUGCUUUGCAAAUGUGAGCAGUUACAGAUCCCAUAAUCGCCAGCCAUCUGGAAGGUGUCAGGUGAGGCAAGUCUGCCCUAAGAAGUAAAUCAUUCUCCAAAGCUAGGGGAUGAACAAUUGCCAAUCUUCAUCUCUAUUCUAGGAAUAGGUUGAAAACAAACAUUUUAACCCCUUUUUACAAAAUAUUAACAACUAUGACACUGAUGUACAUCCAUCUUUGUAAAAUGGUAAAGGCUUAGUAACGGGGAUAUUGCAUUUCUCACUUCAGUGUCUUAAUCUUGCAAAUACAAAACCAGUUUCUUACCUUUUUCAAAAAAUAUCUACUAAGAAACACAUUUUCUAUUUUUUUAAAAAUAUAUAUUUAAUUUGGACUUGUGCCUAAAGAGGUGAGAAUAGAGUCCAGUUUUAUAGCCUUUCCACAUAUGAGGUGAACACAGUAGAUAGUUUGCUAUUGCACCAGACUUCAUUUGUUCAGAAAAUGUUAAGAAUUCAAGUGUGUUCGCAGGUCUUGUGGUUCAAUCCACAUUUCCCACUGAAGAAUCUUAAGUUAAUUGUAUUUCUUUUUCAAAAUCCCUUUCUAUUGUCUUUUUUGAUACAGUUAAAUUUGCCAAACGGGACCCUCUUACAUUGCCACUGGUUAUUGUUGAGUUACAUUCAUCACAGAUGCCAGACACCUCAACAGUACAUUCCUUGCACAUACCAUUUUGCACCAUACUUUGUGUGACGUCAUGUAACCAUUUCCAAACCUGUACAUUACUGAGAAGGGAAGCUCAAUACAGAUUGACCAGGAUUCAUAAAUUAUAAAUACUAAAUUUGCUUUGAGAAAUACGUUAUCUUAUUGUUUUCAGUUCUAGAACUUGGAAACAUUUUUCUUCUCUGCUGCUCUCAGAAUCCUUCAGCCAUAGAAUGCCAUCUGUGAGACUUUAAGAGUUUGUCCAAAAAGCAACCUUUCUAAGCAUUAUUCAGUUCAUACUCUGUUGCAAGGUUAAUAUGUAUUUAGUUUUUUAGUAUAGUAGUGGGGUUAUAGACUCCUUCCAUCUCUGAUUUGGGUUAUUCUGUGAUAUAUGGCAACCAGCAAAUCUGGCUACUUCCAAAUAUCUGUGCAGACUCAUUUUCUGCUGAAAUUAAAAAGGGUUUUGGAGAAGUACACUGGGCAGAUUUACCCUUUGCCCAGAUUUAGUUUAGCAAAAUCAGCUGAAGAUUUGCUUCCCUCAAGGACACAAUGGAAUCCUUUCUGUAAUAGUUAUGUGCCCAAAACAUUUCAAAGCCUCUGAUUAUCUCCUUGCAAUCACUUGAAUACUUGAUACCCUGAUCCUAAAUAUUUUUACCUGUAAGAAAGAUUGAAAUAGGACUUGGCAUUAAAUCAUUCUAGCAUUUGCAGAGUUAAUCCUUUCUCAGACAUCUCAUUUUUGUCUCAAACCGAGCUUUAAGGUCGAACAAGCUUCCGUGUUUGCAUUCUCUACGGAUAGACCAAAUUACACAUUAUACAUACAAAUGUAUGUUCAAAAAUCACAAUGAACCAGUGUUUUAAAAUAUUGAACAGGCUUGACAUCCCAUAGUUUAAUUAUAUAAGUCAGGAGAAAGAAAAGGAAUGUUUCACUUGUUCCUUGCUGUUUGCUCCUGAAAAAUCACAUCUUGCUCUGCCAAUGAGGUCCCAGAUACCUCUUUACCUUCAUUAGGUAAAUGUAAAUACAUUUUGGUUCUCUUGACUAUUCCCAAUUGGUAUGGGAACUGCUGUGUCUGAAGUUGCCCUAAGACAUCAGUAUCCAAAGUCACAGUAGGGGAGCUGCUCAACUGCUAGCGUUGCUCCAGACACCAGUUCACAAUCCAAGCAAAAGACUAGGAAUAUUUGAAUGGGUUUCAAAUACUCCUUACUGUGUGCUGGAUUGUGGUUAGAAGGAUUUUUUUAAUUCAGAGGCAAUAAUGUAAGCAACUACCUACAAACACUACAGCCAGAAUAAUCUCCCUUUCCCAUGAGGCUAAAAAUGUUGCCGAUUUCAUUUGGCUAGUCUUGAUUUGUGGGCUUGGAUAGAGGCUUAAGUGAAAACAAAAGUGUCAUUGAUUUCUCUAGAGCCCACAUGCCUUGAAAGAAGCAGGGAAGGGAUCUGUGCCGCAGUGAUAGGAAAGUGUUUUCAAGAGAUUUCCUUGCAGUAGAAGAGUCAAAUAACUUCAUUUAUAGCUUAGUCUCCAGAUGGCCAUGGGAAAAUACUAGUUUACCUGCCUCCAGGGAAUACAAAUAAAGAGAUGAGACUCGAAAGGAAUUGGAUAUUUCCCGAAUGAGCCCAAGAGCGCCAGGAAACAUUUUCUUAAAUUCAUAGCACUGAAAAUACAGGGUUUGCAGUCCAUCCAAGAUAAAUGGUAGCAUUUUGGUGACUCGGAAGUAUUUUAGCUGGAAACUUGAUUUUUGAUAAGAACUGGUCUUUGCUAAAAGAUUUGUGCCUCCUUCUUGCAUGCAGUUGGAAGUACGACUUAUUAUCCUCUGAAAGCAUUGUUCUUCUGAAAAUUAAAAUAAAUGCUAUCUUGAGAAUUACAUAGCAUGGAUAUCAAAUCUCAUGAUGAUCCAGAUUCACACAUGCUUGCACCCAACUUGUGUUGUGUUUAGACAUCACCAUGAGGGUUCACAUUCAUUGCCUCCCUGAGAAAAGACAUGCAUUCCUUUUAGGAAUAAGAUUCCCUUGUGUGGAGCCUUCACAUCCAUUAGAUCAUUUAAAAACCACCAGAGCCCCACAAUUUACAUAAAAUUAUAUACACUGGUAUUCUAUAUAAGUGACUUAGAUACAGAUGUGUAAGGAGCAGGUCCCCAUCACAAAUGGAGCCUCACUUGCCAUGAAAUAGGUGGGGACUUGAAAUGCACCUUGAUCAGCAACUCUUGCUCUUGGCGCUAGAUGUUAAGGUGGACUGGGGGAGGACUUUAUGAUUGUAGCAAUCAUGGCACAAUAAUUGCUACAAUUAUUGAGCAGUUAUAGAUCCAUUAACUCUAGGUUACAAAUCCUAGCAUUUAUGUUGAGUGCUAAGUGGAUAGCACCAAUUGUCCCAUGGAUCACAGAGCUACAAAGAGGCCUUUAUCUUCAGCUUCACUUUGCAUACAUGAAACUUCAAUACAAACUAGUAAUUCUGUAACUUCUACAUAAUCUUCUAUAUCUGACAUCUUUGACAAAAAUACCACACUCUUCCUUGCAUCUUCCAUCAGCCCUCUUCAGCUUCACCAUGAGGGCUGAAACUCUACUGCACAGGACAUCAUCUAAGUAAUAUUGGGCAGGUAAGAGGCAGGACUGGCAUCCGGGCCAUAAAGCAGUUACACAACCUCAGCUUUCAGGUAACAUGUUUAGAACUGGGGUGUUCCUGUUAGACUAUCAUUCCUGCAUUUCGUGCAAAUGACUCUUGGGGGGGGGGGUUGCCCAAGCCCCAGGCACUGCUUGAAGACCACUUACAUCUUUAACUUAGCACUUCAUUUAGGCUUAAAUAUUGGCUUGACUCCUCUGCUCAAGCCACUUUUUACAAAUAGAGGACUCAGUUCUGAAAACACUUUGAUACACUUAGAAUAGAAAUCCAAGAAGAGGAUUUACCUGUAUCUAAGUGUGUUCAUGAAAGGGGUCUUAAUUGUUUUCUCAGGUUUCAAAUCAGGAUUCUACUGACGGACAUUGCCAUCUCCCCGUCUUUUUUGCUACCUUUUGUACCAAUUAAAUACCUUUCUCUGAGUCUGCUGUUUCAUGUUUGAUCUUAACCACUUCUUGAAGAAUUUGUGUGUUGGUUUUCUGUUUAAACACGUUUAUUUUGCAUCUUUAUUGGGACUUUUUUUGGAGGAUCUCAAUUUUUAGUAUUUAUUUUGUAAGCCAAAUGUUCUUGUAGGGUUUUUCUUUGAAUUUCUCAUUUUUGUGACACUAAUUUGUAGAUUAAGUCUCAAUGAAAACAAACUGGAUGGAACUCAGCAUACCACUCAAUUCAUUGACAAAGGGUUUUUUUUAAAAAAAAAAUCAAAAUGAGGAUGGAAUCCCAGAUGGUUAAAAAGUUGCAAUCUGGGGUUAUUUUUCUACAACGUUUCAUAAGAAGUCCAUUUGACUGGAGACACAGGGAAAUGCUUAGUGCUGCACUGUUCACCUAACAAAACUGUGUUCACGCACAUCAGUGAGCCCAUGACCCUAUGAAGCUGCCUUAUAUCCAGACCAACAAUGUUUACUCUGGCUGGCAGCAGCUCUCCAAGAUCUCAGGCAGAGGUCUGGCAGUCUAUCUGCCGGGCUCCUCUACCUUGGGGCUGUUGGGAUAUGAUCCCAGCACUGUCCCUGUGCAAAUAGUGCUUCUGAUUGAUAGACUAUCCUUAGUGAACAUUGUCAGUUAUUAGGACAGGUAAACUGUGAGGAUUAUUUGCUAUCUCAAGUUAAAGAUCCAGUUUGUCUGUUUAUGUACAUUUUAAAAAACUGGAACAACUUUGUAAGUCUUAUCUAAUGGAAGCAAGGGCCAUCAAUGAAAUGUAUUUUUUUCCUAAUUGUUUGAUUCCCUGCCAUUCCAAGAACUGCAGUGGACAUCAGCAAAGAGCUUUCUGUCCGCCAGGUAGCUAUAACACCAGCUAAAAACAAUGACUUCGUAAGUACUGUAUAGACCAGUUCCUAAAAUAAAAAUGUGUUCAGCUCUCUUGUUGGUGCUGACUGGAUAGUAGCAAAACAUCUCAGAUGAAAACUGCAGUGAGCAGCUCAGUUUUUCCUCAAUGGACUUAAAAACCACAAUUACCAACAAGGACAGACCAAGUAAUUGACAUUUUACACCACUGUGUCAGAUGAAGACGCUUCAGUGUAUAGUUUAGAUAUUGCUAACUUGUGCCAUUAACAUUUUCAACAAGUGUGUAGUAUUUUCUCUUUAAAAAACAUUUGAGUAUUCUUGAGUUAGCUAAAUAAAUACAAAUUUUACCCCAUGGGUAGGAUUUUAAUUGUAAAUGCCAUAAUAAAGCACAUUAAUUUUGACACUUAUAGAUUGAAGUAAGUACCAAAAACAAAGAAACAAUGUCCAACAAUUUUCACUGAGAACAAAUUAUCUUUUGUUUUGAUAUUUGCAUGCUCCAACAUGAACUGGCUGUGGCAAUGUAAUGCCUGUACAAUGUUUUCAAAUAAAAAGAAUACAUCCUUUA